UGACAUUUGUUUUACGUGGCCGCUACUUUCAGCUGAGGUGCAGCUUUUUGUUUGCCUUCAAAAGGAUUUUACAGAUAACUUUUGUCGUGUUUAAUAUUACCAGCUGUACCUUAUGAAAAUUAUCAAUAUACCAACAGUCAUAGUAAAUCAUGGGUCUCUGCAAAUGUCCAAAACGACGAGUUACAAAUCAGUUUUGUUUCGAACACAGAGUAAAUGUUUGUGAAUAUUGUAUGGUCACGAAUCACCCUAAGUGCAUAAUUCAAUCAUACCUGCAGUGGCUACAGGACAGUGACUACAAUCCUAUCUGUGAAAUUUGCACAAACAGCUUAAGUGAGGGCGAGUGUAUUCGACUCACUUGUUACCAUGUAUUCCACUGGGCUUGCACUGAGGCCCGAUACCGGGCACUCCCUCGAACCACGGCCCCAGCAGGUUACCAAUGUCCAUCAUGUGCUACUCCAGUAUUCCCACCUCAGAAUCUUGUGUCCCCGGUGGCCGAUGUGCUGAGAGAAAAACUGGCAGGUGUCAACUGGGCCCGGGCGGGGCUUGGUCUACCUUUGCUUUCAGAGGACCAAGACCUAAAAGCCGCAGUCCGACGCAGUCAGUCGCCCGAGUUCUAUGCCAGCGCAGACUCCCAGCGCGGCACGCCGGUCGGAGCGAGCGACGAUGAGUCCACACGUAACAACGGCGCCCAACAUUCCAUAGUACAGAUACCUGACGAACACAUGUAUGACCACACUUCUGUCAAGAGGAGCGACAGUUUACAAGGUGGUCAAGCUCCGAGAAAAGGAUUUAAGGCCGUGGACAAUGCGAAACCAUCGACGUUCGACCAUGACGAAAACAAGUACAAACAGAAAUCGACUUUCGCCUGGAUCAGCCGGUGGUGGAAAAAUACUCUACCAUCAUCGCGGGUACGAAGAGCCGGAGGCAUCUACCGCCGCUACUGGAUCCUCCUGUUUGUAAUCAUAGCUGUAGUCAUAGUGUUACUAGUGCUCAGCCACAGAGACGUUGACGAGGAAAACCCCUUCGGGUUCAUUCAGGACGAGGACCACAGGAUUCUUCAGAAAAACUGACAGAUUAGAAGCAAUACAAUUUUGAAGUAACAUAGCAGCUAAAUGCUAUACUAUUUAUGUUAUGUAUAAAGUGAAGCAAUCUUAUAGUGAUAUAUAAUUACUAAUAAAUCAUAUACUAAUUUAAUAUCUGGAGAUGCUGUACAGAACCUUUUACCUAAAUAAAAAACGUUAUGAAAUGAAA